GCGGGCUGGAUGGAUGAAGUAAAAUGGGUGAAGGCGGUUCAUCCAUACUUUCGACCAUCACCACUACACUACCAGUACCUUUUCCACUUGCUUCCAGAAUCACUUUUUAACAUUGCCUCUAGCUAUCUUGUCGAUCCGCUUGCCCUCUUCUCCUCCGCGUUAUCAAGUGGAUGGGAACUUUUGAGUAGUAUUUUCACCAAAACAACCACCCCUCCUCCAGUUGCCCAUUCGAAGCGACCCGACAAUUCGGACGAACCAACACACAGAAUUUACCAACGGAAUCUGCAGAAGCAGGCUAUCUGCAGCGGAAGCCAGAGGGAGCUUCUGCAUCACCAUGGAAAGCAUGGUGAUCACGAUAGACAAUGACGUUCGAGGGUGGAUUAUGUGUCUCGUUAGUGGCGUCGGUAAGCGUUGAGGCUCCAUUUCAAAGAUCCUGCGAGAUUGACGAAUCUGGCAGCAUGUGUUAUUGGGGCAAGCAUCAUAUGUGUCGAUCUCAUUAUACAAAAGUUCCCGGGUCGAAGGAAUUUCCGUAUACAAGACAGUACUAUCUUCUUAGCCUCGUCGCUGAGCUUGAGUUUUGGGGUUAUGGUAAGCCUUUACAUUCCAGUAAAAAAGAAAAGAAAACAAAAAAAACAAAGUAUUAAUUUUUGGAUUUGGCAGUUAUUCUCUGCUCUCUAUGGCAUCCUACCCUCUUCGAAACGAUACCUCGAACGGAGCGGAUUAGCUUCGAAGCCAGCAGCCUGGGUACUGCUGGGCUUUUUCAUGGCAGGUUUUGUUGGAAUACAAAUUAUAUCCAGAAUUGUUCAUCAAUACAUGCCCUCGCAUGUGGUAGAUUGCGAUCAUACUCACGAGGACAACCAAAACGAUCACCAGUCCAGAAGACCCUCGCACGGAAGUCUUGGACAAAGCUUGCACACCCACCACCACGGCCACGCUCACGAUCAGGAUCAGACACAUCAUAACCACGAUGAGAGAAAAGUUACAGAAGUUACAGAAAUUGGACAAGCAACAGAAUCAACCCCUCUUUUGGUCACCGAACAAGUAUCCAAUAAACUCCAAAAAUCCUCCAUCACCGGACUUGAUGGUGCAGGAUACUCUCGGCCAAACAGCGCUUCUACCGGGCGAAGACCUUCUACACUUGAUCGAGUAAAUUCCUUUGUCAUGGAUAGAAAGACAAAUUGCGACUCAAAUGGUCCUUGUCACGGAUACUCGGAUCCUUGUGGACAUGAAUGUUUUAGUAUAAUGUCUUCUAUGAAAAACAAGAAAUCUCAACGCGGUACUAUUCUCGCACCUCCGCUAUUCGACCAAGACGGCAAUGAGAUUUUUGUCUCAAGAUCUGUCACAAGAGCCACAUCCGUCUUCAGAUCUCGAUCUCAUUCCCGCGAGCGCAUAGAAGAAGAGAUCAUAUCCAGUACCGACGACAGCACUGAGGAUAGCACCGGUGAUUUGGAGGCGCAAGAUGCACAACACCAUCAUCAUGUUCCAGAAAAUGAAUUUAUGGCUAUUGGCUUCCAAACAUCCAUCGCCAUCGCACUUCACAAACUACCAGAAGGAUUCAUCACCUACGCAACGAAUCAUGCCAACCCAGGACUUGGAACUUCCGUUUUCAUGGCACUCUUCAUUCACAAUAUCUCGGAAGGAUUUAUUAUGGCACUUCCACUCUACCUAGCAACUGGAUCUCGUCUUCGCGCCAUGUUCGUCUCUUCCAUGCUUGGUGGUAUCAGUCAACCCCUGGGUGCCGCCAUCGCAGCUACUUGGUUCAUAGUCGCCGGAAGCAAUGGCCACACACCUGGAGAGAGAUUAUACGGAUGUAUGUUUGCCGUCACAGCUGGAAUCAUGACAAGUGUUGCACUCAUGCUCUUUGUGGAAGCUUUGAGCUUGAGUCAUAACCGAAAUUGGUGUAUUGCCUUUGGAUUCCUUGGAAUGGCACUUAUGGGCGCGAGUUCGGCUCUUACUGCAUAAAUUGGGUGAUGGGACAUCACUAUCCUAUAAUUUGUUUUCUCUUAUAGCAUUCGACUAGGGAGAAUUGGGGGGUUGUUCCUACCACGGGGGUUCAUUCAUGAGACAAGACGUUUAUGAGAUAUGACGUUUGGGAGUUUGCUAUUCGUUGGCUGAAAAUUCGUUUAUACGCGUGCAUGGGUACAGUACCUACCUACCUACCUACCUACCUACAUAAGGGCUGGCUGGAAUUCUUGGGUUCGGGUUUCUUCUUAUACCAGUUUCUUUUUUCUUCUUUUUUCAAUAGAGUUUCAACAGAGAGUUUUUAUUCCCACUGAGGGAAAUCGCUAGCUAAGAUAAGCUAGACAGUAUCAAGAUUGGCUUUUUUUUCGUUGUUAUAGGUUGUAUUGAUAACUUUUUUUGGGGUGGAGGGGAGGGGGGUUUGUAUAUGGAUGCAUGGGUGAAGACCCGGGGGUUAAGGUAGCGUAAAUGCAUUGAGGGAGAAGGGGAUAGAAUCGAUGAAUAAAUGAAUAAAUGAAUGGAUGGA